CAUCAAGCAAAGCUCGUAUAGUUUGUUUUUUUUGCAGUUUAAGUUGCAAUGGCUGAUUUGAACAGGAGGUUUUCCAGGAGCCAAUGGAAUAAAAACGGUAUCAGUGCCGUUCCUUUGCAAAAUGGACUACCCGGAAACGGAAACGGAAACGGAAGUGUAUACGGGAGUGGGAAUGGGCAAUACCCACCAGGUGGCUACAACACCUCUGGUGCCAGCUAUAGCUACAACGCAACCAACAGCUCGUUAAAUGUCAAUGACUAUGGGAAUCGGAGUAAUAACACUACAGUGCUGCACCCAAAUAUGAUGACAAGCGCUGAAUCGAUACACUCAAAUGCCACGAACGGAACAACUAUGACAACCAGAAGGAGAUUUUCGAUGAAGCUAUCGCAGCCUCCCUUGGAUGCGUAUAAUACAUACGGUGCUCCUGCGUUGCCCUACAAUGCGCAAUCGCAGAUACUCCAGUCGUCUUUUACUAAUGCAUCAGAGACCUUUUCUGCAACUGCGAAUGAUGACGGGCAUCAUCCUCCGUUGUCUGCAAUUCAACAAAACAACUACAGCCAAAUAUCCAAUAUCGACAACAACGGCCGUAGUCCCCAAAAAGCACAUCAUGAAUUGUUGAGCGAACUCACAACUGACAACUUUGACGCUUCCAGAUACGUCCAAAUAAAGUUGGGCGACGCCAAUGCCGCUAGAAUUGACGAUUUUUCAACUUAUAUGGAGACUUUGAACGUUGCAAACGAUGAUGCGGUAAAGUAUUCUCUCUCCGAAUCUACGAGCCAAGUGCUUGCGGUGAGCGAGGCAUUUAGACAGACUCAUGAAGUUCUUCUUUCUCUGAAGCCUAAGGUUAACGAUUUAACCGAUAUAUUAUCGCAACAACUAGAAGAAGCACACGAAUACCAGGAUAAGGCAGGCACAAGCAGUGCUGGACCUGCUGAAGGCAACAAUCAACUUGACGUUCCAAACUCAAAACUAAAUCGUCAGUCUGUUAUGCUGCUCCAAAAUAAGUGGUCAAAUGCUAUGAAAAAGCUCUACGCCAAUAUAGAUCGUGCUCACGACUUAUUGCCUCCUCUUCCAAGCAGACACAUUAUAAUUGAGUCACGUCGUUGGGGGGAAUUAAAUUCAAUCACAUGCAACCCUGUUCGCCCAGUUCACAUAGUUGUGAUGAAUGAUUCUAUACUUGUUGCUUCUCGUGUUAGAGACUCAUCUAAAUACCUGAAUGGCGGUAAAUCUGGCUCCAACAGCAAAAAGUCAAAGUCUAGCAGAAAUAUUGCCACACACUUGUGGAUGAUUGACAAGAUUACGGUUCAGAAAUGCUCUGAAAUUAAAGAAUUGAAUGAAGUGUUGUCUCACAACUCUUCACACUCUUUCUCAAAAGGUGCCAACCCAAGCUCCAGUGAUUCUGAAUCAGCGGCAGACUCGACUCUGUGUAUCAAAACAAUAGACGGAAACCAAACCUUUUUGUUUCAAACAGACUUGUCCACCGAAUUUACUCGUGUUUUUAGCGCUGUUCAGCAGGCCAGAGCAGAAAUGUCUUCCAUGAAAAGAAGAAGCAUGAGAGACUCGAUUUCCAAACUCAAUUUGGCUGGUUUGAACAAUAAACCGGAUUCAAGGCAUGUGAGUAUGGCAGGAAUAUCACAGAAUUCAAACUCUCUAUUGGAAAAACAGGCGGAACCUGAGCUAAAUGCUUGUGUUUCGGCAAUCGACGAUUUACUGACAUCAGCUUCAUUGGAACUAGGACUACAAAGGUAUGAUGAGUGUGUUGGGUAUCUAACUAGGCUAGAUGAUGAGCUCCGACAUCUGGCACAAAUUGCCACUACAGUUGGAAUUCCGAAGUCAUUGCUGAGCUCAAAAACUUUGACUACGAAUAGCAAGAAUGGCUCGCAGGUGAGUGUUUUAACUCAGCAAAUCCACUUCACCUAUAACAUAAAAAUGUCAAGUUUGAAGAAUAUCACAGAUCAACUAGUUGAUGCGCUACUGGAUGAAAUAUCUUCCAGUUCUUCUAGUUUAGACUCCUUGAAAGAGUACAUUGAUAUUUUUAAAAUCUUGAAAAGAGAGAAGGAGGCUGCAGAAAUUUAUUUAGAAUCACGGGGAAGAGAGUUGGUAGAUUGUGUUGGAAUGGUUAGAGUUGGAGGGGGAUAUAGUGGCAACAGUUCUCAUGAAUUAUCUAGCACAAAUCCAAAGGGCUUACUCGGUAAUGACAGAGGUUUGAGUAGAUCAAGUAGUUCCCGAGCAAUAACCGGAUUAACGAGCCGUCCGACGAGUAUGAGUAACACACCAGAUCCCGAGGCUGAAAAUGAGACCGAGGAUGUCAGCAACGUUAACCUGGAUUCUAUUGGCGGGGUUACCGGUGAACUCAUUACGGCAUAUGUUCGUGAGUUAUCCUUGGUCUAUAUGGGAUUCGUAUCAAGAGUGUGGGAUGAAUGGAAUAUGCUAUUCACCCCCCAAAAAAGUGACCCAGCUGAUAAAAAGGGAGCUAAAACUGGUAUCUCUAGCGUCAGGAUCAUUGAGUGGGUUAACGAAUAUAUGGCAGAGCUCAAAAGAUCCGUACAAUUGGCGUUGGUCGACUACGAAAGAAAUGGUGAAGUUUUCAUGUCGAGUCUUCAAACGAUGAAAGUUGUUUUUGAAGGUUUGAAACAGAGAGAGUUGAAUGUUGACUAUUUACUAGAAAUCUAAGAAAGCUGUAGACUUUAUAACUAGCGUUGUACAAAACUUUUAUGAUUACCUCUAACCACAGUACCAUUCACUUGGCCG